AUGGAUAGUGACACAAAUUCAGAAGACAUGAAUGAAGAAUAUAGCAGAAGACAACAAGUCAUAGCAGAAGAAAUGGAAAUUGAUGAACUUUUCCUUGUUGUUGCAAGAACAUCGAUAUAUUAUCAUAAUAAUUUUUUGAUUAAGGAACCAUGUAGAAAUUCACCUCAUACUGGCUGGAAAUUUAUGAUGGAAAUUAUGGAUGGAAAUGGUCGACAAUGUCAUGAGAUGUUUCGAAUGGAAAAACAUGUUUUUUGUAAACUAUGUGAUAGAUUGAGAAGUUAUGGACUAAAAUCUAGUAAAGGUGUGAGACUAGAAGAGUCAUUUGGUAUGUUUAUGAUGGUUUUAGGACAUGGUGCAGGAAAUAGAAUGAAUCAAGAGCAUUUUCAGCAUUCAAGUGAAACUGUUAGUAGACAAUUUUCAAAUGUAUUGGAAAAAAUGAGUAUGCUUGCUUUGGAUGAAAUUAGACCACCUAAAAAUUUUGAUGAAGUCCCAUAUUAUAUACGAAACAAUCCUAGAUAUUGGCCAUACUUUAAGGAUUGUAUUGGAGCAAUAGACAGAACACAUGUUCGAGUUUCACUUCCAGUAGAUAAACAAAUACCAUACAUUGGAAGAAAGGGUUGUCCUACACAAAAUAUUAUGGUUGUAUGUGGAUUUGAUAUGUUAUUCACAUUUGUAUGGGCGGGUUGGGAAGGAACAGCACAUGAUACUCGUAUAUUUCUUGAAGCAUUAAGAAAUGCACGUCUUAAUUUUCCUAAACCACCCAAUGGUAAGUAUUACUUAGUUGAUGCAGGGUAUCCAAAUAUGAAAGGUUACUUAGCUCCAUAUAAAGGGCAAAGAUACCAUCUUCCUCAAUUUCAACAAGGUAGUCAACCUAGUGGCUCUAAAGAAGUAUUUAACCACGCUCAUUCAUCAUUGCGCAGUGUUAUCGAACGUUGUUUUGGUGUAUGGAAACCACGAUGGGAAAUUUUGCAACGAAUGCCAAAUUAUAAGUUUUCAAUGGCUUUACAUAAUUUUAUCAAGAGAGAGACCAUUAAUGACAUAGAAUUCCCAUCUUGUGAUGAAGCAAACGAUGAUUUUGUAAAUGACAAUGACCCAAAUAUUAACUUAGUAAGAGAUGAGAGUGAAAUGGGAGUUAUUCGUGAUAAAAUCGCAGCUGAACCCAUGCUCAGAUAA